AUGCCAGAAAAGAUUAUCAACUAUAUCCCAGCUGACAAGUUUUUUGAGUUAUUCGAGUACAAGAAAGUUGACGUGCAAAAGGUUAUCCCUGGAUUUGUUCCUGGAGGUGGAGUUAUGUUGAUGUCACCAGCAUUCCAAUCAACACCAACCACCAUUACCACCAAUGAACAGGAGAACAAGUCCGUGACUUAUUUUGAUCAAGUGCAAUUCAAGUCUACUGAACCACCAUCACCACCACCUUCACUUACCCAAUCAGUAGCAGCCAAUAAUGUAUGCACUAUCAAAUUGGGAAGCUUUGAUUCAACCAACUUUCAACAUACCAAUAAAAACUUUGUCACUACCAAAUGUUUAAACAGCAACCAAGGUUCGGAGAGAACGGAGGAGGAGGGUGUGAAGGACAAUGAUGAUGUGACUGAUGCCAUUGACCUCUUGGAGAGUAUUGAAGCCGAUCUGGAUGCUGCUUGUUUGAAUGUUUCCCCAAUUGUUUCCCUGUUCGUUUCCCCCCUGUUUGAUGCUUGUUUGGAUGCUGAAACUGAUGAGUCGUUGAGUGAUUCAGGAUUGGAUGAAGAUAUGUAUCACGAGAUGAGAAGAGAAGAUUGCAGAAAGACUGCAAGAUCGCAUUGGUACAAGAAGGAAGAACCCAGACUCGAAAAAUGCUACUU